AAAACGUAAAGCUACUAAUUAACUGUAGUAGUGAAAAUGUUUAAAAAUAAAAAUAUCUUUAGUCUCAUCAUGUAUUGAUGAAAGUUAAUGAAUAUUAAGAAAUAUGUUCUGACUUCAUUACGACUGAAUGAAGGUUUUGUACUUUGAAGAUCGCAAUAAAGAUUGUAACAUAUUGACAAUACAAUGGACGAAAAGGUAGCGAUAACGACAGAAAGGAACAGAUUAAAUUAUGAGAAUAAAUUGAUAUUGGCACCUAUGGUGCGAAUCAGCACUCUUCCUAUGCGUCUUCUUGCAAUUGACUACGGUGCUGAUAUAGUGUAUACGGAGGAAUUAAUAGAUUGGAAAUUAUUGCGAUCGUUUCGACGUGAAAACGAUGUUCUGGGAACAGUUGAUUACAUAGACAAAACAGAUGGAACUGUUACAUUUCGGACCUGCCCUAGAGAAAGAGAUAAAGUAGUCCUACAAAUUGGUACUUGUGAUGCAACAAGAGCAUUGAAAGUUGGCAAAAUGAUAGAACAAGAUGUUGCUGGGAUAGAUUUAAAUAUGGGCUGUCCUAAACUGUUUUCCUUGGUAGGAAAAAUGGGUGCAGCUCUUCUACAAGAGCCAGAAACAGCCAGAAAUAUUCUGAAAACCUUAGUAGAUAAUCUGAGUAUUCCAGUGACGUGCAAAAUACGUGUAUUACCAGAUUUGAAUAAAACCUUAGAACUCUGUGAACUUUUGCAAUCAACUGGUAUAUCUGCAAUAGCAGUACAUGGUCGCACUGUUAGUGAAAGACCACAGCAUGCUAAUCGUAAUGUAGUAUUGAAAGAAAUUUCAAAUAGACUUUCAAUACCAGUUAUAGCAAAUGGAGGCUCAAAAGAAAUACAGAAAUAUUCUGACAUUUUCAAAUUUAAAGAAAUAACAGGGUGCAGUAGUGUGAUGCUUGCUCGUGCAGCAGAAUGGAAUUGUUCCAUAUUUAGUAAAGAGGGUUUACUUCCUAUGGAAGAUGUGAUAAAAUCAUAUUUAAAAUAUGCUGUGAACUGUGACAACCCACCUUCCAAUACCAAAUACUGUAUACAAAAUAUUCUUAGGGAACAACAGGAAUCAGUACUAGGCAGAAAGUUCCUCAAUUCUCAAACUUUAGAACAGAUAUGCAAUUGUUGGGAUUUAAGCGACUAUUAUCGUUUGAAGAAAAGAGAAUUUGAUGAAAAAGGUUUAUUAGGAAGAUCACAAGUUUCACCUAUGAGAGAAGAUGAUAAACAGGAUGGAGAGCAACUACCUAAUAAAAGAAAGAUUGCCGAUGAGGAGGAUGUAGUUUUAAUGCAUUGUGCAUUUUUAAGAAAUAAUUAUGUAACGGAUCUACAAUUGCCGAAAACUGUAUUACACAAAUGGUCCCAAACUCAAAGAAAAAAAAUGCCAAACUAUAACACGCAACAAAAAGGGAAACUUUUCCGUUCCAUUGUUACAGUGGACGGAAGGAAAUAUGGAUCAUCCUUCUGGGAAAAAAAUAAAAAAUGGGCAGAACAAGGAGCAGCACUGGUUUGCCUCUUUUCUUUAGGCUUAAUCAAUGAAAAAACAUUUGCCGCGAACGGCAAUGUUCCUUCCUGA